AACGAGGGUACCAUCGCCCAGUUCCUCCUCGCGCUGUUCGUGCUCGCUCCCAGAUUGGGGAAGGCAUUCGUUGUCGGUGAAUCUCGCGGAAGCUGAAAAGGUUGGAAUUUUGAGCGGCGAUCGAGCUGUGCCCGUAGGGAUUCUGAUUUCUCCUUAAAUUUGGAGGUUCUGGAGAGAGUAGUGUGGAAUUUCGGCUUGUGGUCCUGCAAAGUACCGGGUGUGGCAAAUGCGGCUGAUUUCACGCCAUUUCUAGCCUGUGUGUUGAUAUAAAGUCGACCGAGGUUCGUAGAGGGAAGAAGCUUGGAGUCCUUCGCGAGGCGUCCAAGUAUUAAGCGGCAAGAAAAUGCAGCAAGAUCAACAGGAAAAGAGGUCUCUAGAACUAAAGUUUUUCAGUGAGUAUGGAGAUGCUAAUAGGUAUAGAGUUGAGAAAAUUAUCGGCAAAGGUAGCUAUGGAGUCGUUUGUUCAGCAAUUGAUACACAUACUGGUGAGAUGGUGGCGAUCAAGAAGAUGCAUAAUAUCUUUGAACACAACUCCGAUGCUGUUCGAACACUCCGCGAGAUCAAGCUUCUGCGUCUUUUGAAGCAUCCGGAUAUAGUGGAGAUAAAACACAUCAUGUUGCCUCCAUCGAGACGAGAUUUCAAAGAUGUUUAUAUUGUCUUUGAACUUAUGGAGUCAGAUCUUCACCAAGUCAUAAAGGCAAACGAUGAUUUAACAAAGGAACAUAUUCAGUUCUUCAUUUAUCAGUUGCUCCGAGCACUUAAAUAUAUCCACACAGCUAAUGUGUACCAUCGCGAUUUAAAGCCAAAGAACAUACUGGCAAAUGCAAACUGCAAGCUAAAGAUUUGUGAUUUUGGGCUAGCAAGAGUUGCAUUCGACAAUAGCCCCACAACAGUACUUUGGACGGAUUACGUUGCAACCAGAUGGUAUAGGGCUCCUGAAUUAUGCGGAUCAUUUUUCUCUAAGUAUACCACUGCUAUCGACAUUUGGAGUGUUGGUUGCAUUUUUGCUGAGCUAUUGAUAGGCAAGCCUCUUUUCCCCGGUAAAAAUGUUGCUCAUCAACUAGAUUUGAUCACUGCCCUUCUCGGCACACCUUCCUUCAAUACAAUUUCCCAGGUUCAAAAUGAGAAAGCAAGGAAGUAUUUGAGAAGCAUGAGGAAGAAAGAGCCUAUACCAUUCACACAGAAAUUCCUGAAUGCAGAUCCUUUGGCGUUGAAACUUUUGGAGAAGCUUUUAUCAUUUGACCCUAAGAACAGACCAACGGUUGAAGAGGCACUAGCUGAUCCAUAUUUCAAAACUCUUGCCAAAGUAGAGAGGGAACCAUCUCGCCGACCAAUCCCAAAAAAGGAGUUUGAUUUUGAACAACGAAGGUUGACUAAAGAAGACAUACAAGAACUAAUCUUCCAUGAGAUAUUGGAAUAUCAUCCUCAGUUGCUUGAAAGUUACAUCAAAGGAUCUGAAAGGACUAAAUUCCUGUAUCCCAGUGCUUUGGAUCAGUUUAGAAGACAAUUCACUUACCUCGAAGAGAAUGGUGAAAAAAAUGGACCUGCAACUUUGUUAGAUAGGAAGCAUGUCUCUCUCCCUAGGUCAACAAUGGUCCACUCUGCUGUCCCUCUAAUGGAAAAAGCAGCUACCUCCUAUUCAAUAGAUAAACGAAGCAUAGAUGAGGCACAUAAGAAAAACUCUGAUAAGAUGGAAUGCUCAUCUGGACAAGUAGCAAGUGCUUCAAACUUGCCCGAUAGAUUCUCAAAUGUUCAGCCUGGAAGAGUUUUCAAGGAUGCCGUUCCAUUAGCUACUCACAACAUUCUCACCGCGACACUAGGAAGUUGGAGAGCUCAUGCGUAGACACAACACAGACCGAACAAGAAUCCGUACAGCAUCAACCGACACAAACAUGUCUAGUUAGUGAAGUGGCUGCUCUCCCUUUUCACUUCUCGGGGGAUAAGGUUGAACCGGCAGACAGAAACACUGCAACCAAAAGCUUGUUUUAUGCGAGAUCCCACUUUAACUGGAUCAUCACAGCGGAUUCGGCUGCCAGUGAUCAUAGAAAAGUCGGCAGUUGUCUGUUUGGACUUUCGAGUAUAUAUUGAGCUCCAAAACUUAUAAUUUGAUGAAACUAGCAUCACUAGGCUAGGUGCAAAUGCAAAGGUUAGCGACGAGAUCACGAAGAAGAUCAUGGUGAAGAGAAAUGCUGAAUGCUUAAAUUUCAACAGUAAUAAUCCCUGCAUCAUUUCAAGCUCCAGUAAGUGUGGAAUACUAGAGGAUCAUGAAAGGAUGCCUCUAUUGAGCUUUUCAUCUUUGCUCAUAGUCUGGAACAUCAGUUUCGUAACUUUAUAAUAUACCAGUUUAAUUCA